AUGGCUUCCGAGUCUCCUAUAUUGAUCGCUACCCCAGAUGCCAGUCGCGCCUCCGUUUCUGCUCCUGUACCUCAGUUUAUUCCUCCGGCAUGGCAAAUCAUCAACAAGAUGCCCACAAGGUCGUCCACGCCAUCAUCUAUAUCUUCGCCUCUUGCUUUAGUUGCCCCCAAUCACGGGAAUGCUACCGUUAGAACACGGCCAGCAACCUUCUGGAACCACGGCUUUUGGUCACCCCACCCCUGUCACUCAGCAUAUCCCUUCGAGAUGCACCCACUGCUACAUGACACGGGCAUCGCUGUCAUUCUACAGUAA